AAAGAAAAGUGAAGUGUUAAAAGCAGUGAGAAUUUCGUAGCGUGUUCUUUAGUUUAUUUACAGUUUUAGAAUAUUAUUUGCUACAAAAUGCAACUAAUCAGUUCUACAGUGUUAAUGGCAGUGUGCUUUUUGAGCACUUACGCCAUACCCAAUUACAACGAACCACAAGCAGCUGAUAAUAAUCAUAAUGGUGUCAUAAAUUUACUUGUGGCACAGAUGCGUUCGGCCUUGAUCGAUACGCGCGCUUUGACGCCAGCCGAGUCGACAUGUGCCACUACAUAUAACAAUCGCACACAAAGAAUUAACAAUUUGCUGACGACUCAAACUAAUGUCUGUUUCGAGAAGGCCAAUCGUACGCUGGUGGCCAACAAUCAGACCGUAAACGCAACCAUAGCUAAUAUACGGAAAAUUUUCCAAAAGGUGCAGCAACACUUGGCCAAUUGCUCAGCAAUAGCGGACACCAGCAAACUCCUUAACUGUACUGCAGCCACGUUCGAUGAGAACAUUCAACUGCUGGACAAGGCGAACUCCCGAGCCUACCAAGUGGAGGCACAGAUGGCAGCCAAUCAGUCACUGGUGUUUGUUGUGCGUCGUGCAUGUGUCAGCGCAGCCAUCAGCGGUGGAAAGACCAAUCUUACGCUGGCCGCUAAUGACUAUCAGCUAUGCUUGAGCAAUAUCUCCAGUCAGCGCAUGGCUAGCUCAUCAGUUGAGUUGCUCAAUUAAGUUGUGCACUGGAAUGAUGACUAUGAAUGAAUAAAAGUUUUAUGCAAAA